AUGCUUGCUGUUUUGUGGCUGGUCUGGGUCCUCGUUGUCUUGUGGUCGCUGUACAAGGCGUACCGCAUUCCCAAAGGCUACCGUCUCGGCAACUCGGGCCUCCUCAUCUACAACUGGCUCCGCAUCUUUGGCGGCUCGGCGUCGUACAUUCGCAUCUACUACGAUGACAUUGAAGACGUCAUCCAGGGCGGUGGCGGUGUGUGCUGCCCUAGCGGGUGCGCGCUGAGCGAUCGUGCCCACUACGCCGACGUCACCGCGCCCAUGGUCAUCCUCGUUGGCGUGCCGAUGCGCUCGUGGUAUGGCGCCGUCAAACUCCGCAACGUCUACCUCGCUCCGGUCCACCCGGUCGCCUUUGGCGACGAGCUCCGCACACGCAUCGACACCUGGAACGCACUGCGCGGCACGCUGCCACACUCGCCGCGCGGCGGCUCGAGACACUCGCGUGCCGCCGUCGCCCCGGCUCGCCCGACCCAUCCGCUCGUCAACGGCGUCUUUGCCCACCGUUAA